UGUCAGCAGUACUGUCAGUGUCAGACGUUGUGUCGUCGUGUGUUGUUCGAAAAAGGGGUUAUGUUAUCAUAACCAUGUUAUCGUAUGAAAAUAAAAUCAUUCUUGCACCCAUGGUUCGUAUUGGAACCCUUCCUAUGAGAUUAUUAGCAUUGCGCUAUGGAGCUGAUAUUGUUUACACAGAAGAAUUAAUUGAUUGGAAAUUUUUGAGAUCGAAACGGCGAUUGAAUGAAAUUCUCAAUACUGUGGAUUAUGUGGACCAGACUGAUGGAACAAUUGUUUUCCGAACAUGCAUAGAAGAAAAAGAUAGAGUUGUUUUGCAACUUGGUACUUCAGAUCCAACCAGGGCAUUAAAAGUGGCUAAAUUAGUGGAGAAUGAUGUUGCUGCCAUUGACAUUAAUAUGGGAUGCCCCAAAGAAUUCUCUAUCAAAGGUGGAAUGGGGGUAGCGCUUUUGUCACAACCAGUAAAAGCAUACAAUAUAUUGUCAACCUUGGUAAAUAAUCUCUCUAUUCCUGUUACCUGUAAAAUAAGAAUAUUUGACACCCCCGAGGAAACUUUAAGAGUUGUAAACAUAUUAGUAAGUUCUGGGAUCAAAGCUAUUGCUAUUCACGGCAGGACACGAGACGAAAGGCCCCAACAUGCUGUACAUCCAGAUAUAAUCAAAUAUGUAGCAGAGAAAAUAUCCAUUCCAGUUAUUGCAAAUGGAGGUUCCAAAGAAAUAGAGAAGUACAGUGAUAUUCAUAAAUUUAAAGAAAUGACUGGUUGUACAAGUGUUAUGAUAGCUAGGGCAGCUGAAUGGAACUGUUCCAUAUUUAGAAAAGAGGGAUUAUUACCAAUGGAUACAGUUAUAAAGGAAUAUCUGAAACUUGCUAUAGAUUAUGAUAAUUCACCAUCAAAUACAAAGUAUUGCGUGCAAAACAUUUUAAGAGAUUUACAAGAAACACCAAGAGGAAGACAAUUCCUGGAAUGUCAAACUUUAGAACAAAUAUGUGCAAUAUGGGAUUUACAAGAGUAUUGUCAAAAACAACAGUCUUACCAUCAGAAAAUGGGAAUUCAAGGAAGAUGGCAAGUGACACCAGACAAUUUGGAACCACCUCUGAAAAAAAUAAAAUCUAGUUCUGGUACUGAAACCAGCAUAGAAUUGGAUGGGGUCAACCAAAUGAAGGUUUGUUUUAUCAGAGCUAAUUUUAAUGAUUUAAAUCUGCCUAAGGCACAGCUUCAUUCAUGGGCAGGAAAGAAUGGUCUUAAACUACCAACUUACGAUACACAGCAAGUAGAGAAAUUAUUCAGAACAAUAUUGACAUUUGAUGGAAAAAAAUACACAUCAUCAUUCUGGGAGAAAAACAAAAAGUUUGCUGAACAGGGAGCAGCAUUAGUGUGUUUACACUUUUUAGGAUUGGUGACAGAAGAUGAUUUAGUUAAAUUUGGAAGUAUAAUAAAAUAAAUAAUAAUCAAUACAAUCUUAUGGCAGAAAA